AUGGGUGAAAGGCCUACUGCAUUCAUUGCAGUGGCAAAUGUUAAACAAGAGCAACAGAAUUCAUUCGAAGAAUGGCUAACCGCAAAGCUUGGUGAUGCUAAAGUUGAUGUUGAAUAUCAAAUAAGUCAGUCUUUUAACGAUUUUAUUUUAAUUGAAGCAAAAGAUUUACAUAGUGCAAACCAAUUAGUUAGAGUUAUUAAUGGUGCAUCAAUGGAAGAUCUUAGUGAACCAUUUUUGGCUGCUGUAAUUAACUUCGAAAAAAAUAAUGAUAUUUAUACUACAAUAACUCAAUUGAUUAAAUCAAAAGUCAAAGACGAUUUAUUAGAUUUAUCCGGAAUUCAGAGUUUAAUUAGCACACCUCUUGAUCUUCCAGGAAUUGGCUCUUCAAUUUUACUUUACGCUGCAUCAAAUUGUUCAAAUCGUACUGAAAUCAGCCAAAUAAGCUUUAUCAAGAGCGGGAUUACUAAAGGAUUCUUCCUUCAGAACGUAUUGAAAACAUAUUUUCCAAAAUUAAAGAAACUUGCGCUAAAUGGAAACCCUUGCAUUAACAACCAACAGUUUCUUGCUAACAUGAAGCGAUCAAAAAUCCAAAUUAUUACAAAAGAUGAAGAUCUUAAUGAAUUUUUCCAAGAUGUUGAAAUGAAGAACAGCAAAGCAUUAGUUAUAUCAUGUAGAAUAGUACCAAUGCAUCCAAUAAAUCCAAAUUUGGUUAAAUUAGGAAAUCCAAGGGCGCAAGGCAGAAUUGAGCCACCAACAAUAUAUGAUUUCGAUACUUGUGGAAUUGACGUUUCAAAACCAAUCAACAAAUUCAUGGUUGAAUUUAUGAAAAAUUCAUGGAAAGAUUUACCAUCAUUAAAAUCAUAUUACCACCCUAUAUCGUCUGUCUUUAGUGUCCUUGUUAAAGGUUGUGCACCAGAUUCUCCAAUGAAACGUCUUUUGAAAUAUUCUCGCGAUGUUUCAAUAAAUACUGGAAAUUUCAUUACGGGUCCAUCAGAUAUAGUAUCAGCUCAAAUUGAAAUAUUCGUUAAAGGCUUCUAUGCUUAUCCAACACGUAUAGAAACUUAUGAUUUGGAAGAUUUCUUGCAUACUUUUGUAUUACAUGGAGUUUAUCAAGACGUAUAUGGAAAUACUUUUAUGUUUGAUAGAUCUUUUGUUAUUUCUUCAAUCACUGGAAGUAAUUUUAUCUUGAACGAUGAAAUAUACUUCCAUGAACCACCUUUAGAGUAA